GGUGGCUGCCGGGAUUGAGGCUUUAGCAACCCGAUCAGGAAGUGGCGGGCGGGGCUCCUGGUUGAGUGGCUCCCUCCUCUGCCACCGCCACUGCCAGUGCCGAGACCCCAGGCUGGCGGGACAGCGCUAGCUGUGCGUUCGGGCAGGCGCCGGCGCUGACCAGGAGCAGGAAGCGGCAGCCACGCGGGCGUGGGUGGCUGGCCGAGGCGGAGGUGCAGGGAGGCGGCGUCGGGUCGCGUGGGGCGGCCCUCCUCGCUCAGCAUUAUGGAUCCAAGCCUUUUGAGAGAACGGGAGCUGUUCAAAAAACGAGCUCUUUCCACUCCUGUCGUAGAAAAACGCUUAGUAUCUUCUGAGUCAUCAACAUCAUCAUCAAAAAAGAAGAAAGCAAAACUAGAACAUGGAGGAUCAUCAGGCUCUAAACAAAAUUCUGAGCACAGCAAUGGAUCAUUUAACUUGAAAGCUCUAUCAGGAAGCUCUGGAUACAAGUUUGGCGUUCUUGCUAAGAUUGUGAACUACAUGAAGACACGUCAUCAGCGAGGUGAUACACAUCCUCUAACUUUAGAAGAAAUUUUGGAUGAAACACAACAUUUAGAUAUCGGACUCAAGCAAAAACAGUGGCUAAUGACUGAGGCAUUAGUCAAUAAUCCCAAAAUUGAAGUAAUAGACGGGAAGUAUGCCUUCAAGCCCAAGUACAACCUAAAGGACAAGAAAGCCCUGCUGAGGCUCUUAGAUAAGCAUGACCAGCGAGGCUUAGGAGGAAUCCUUUUAGAAGACAUAGAGGAAGGACUGCCCAAUUCCCAGAAAGCUGUCAAGGCUCUAGGGGACCAGAUACUAUUUGUAAGUCGUCCUGAUAAGAAGAAAAUUCUUUUCUUCAAUGAUAAGAGCUGUCAGUUUUCUGUGGAUGAAGAGUUUCAGAAACUAUGGAGGAGUGUCACCGUGGAUUCAAUGGAUGAGGAGAAAAUUGAAGAAUAUCUGAAGCGACAGGGUAUUUCUUCCAUGCAAGAAUCCGGACCAAAGAAAGUGGCCCCUAUUCAGAGAAGGAAAAAGCCUGCUUCCCAGAAAAAGCGACGGUUUAAGACUCAUAACGAACACAUGGCUGGAGUGCUGAAGGACUACUCGGACAUUGCUCCUGGCAAAUAGCGGAGUUUCGUAGGUGAGCGAAGAGGUACAAAUAAGAAGUCAAGGGUCUGUCUUGUUGAUACCGGGAUCUGAAGACUGUCUUCCCAUUCUGCUUCCUAGGACUGAGGAGAGGAGCAGUGCAGGUAACAGAACACGUACAAAUCAUCCAACUCGAAGCUUACUUUCAUUGAAUAGGCUGCUGACAAAUGUGACGUUCCCUGUUGACCUCUGUGACUUCUGGGGGAAAGGCACCCAGCGUGGCAUGCAGGUGUCCUUGCUGUUUAUCUCUACUUCUAAGCGGUUCCUGGUUCCAUUUUUCCUUUUGUUCCUUUAGAACAAGUUUGCGGAUAGUCUUGAAUGCGGUAUUUGUUUAUUCCAGAAUAACAUAUUUAUAAUAAAAUCACUGCAGAAGGAGCUCUAA